AUGAAUCGAGAGAUCCCGGGCUUCUACUACGACCCGGAGAAAAAGAAGUACUUUAAAAUCCAGGCGAGUCACAAAGCCGCGCCUGGAUCCCAGUACUCCAAGGAUGCUGUAAAGCGGAAACGCGUAGAUCAGGAGAGAAAUCAAAGAAAAGUCCAUCUGUCCAAGAGACUCACUAAGGAAAAGAUAAAGAAAGCUGCUUUCCUGGAAAACCCUCUCCUGGGAAUCGGAAGGGAGGUCGAAGGUCGGCCUGUCUCGAAGAGCGUCCGCCAGGAGCAGCGGGGAUUGCUCUAUGCAAACCAAUUUCGCCGGAAUCAGUUGCAUCAAUUUGAACCCUGGCCGGAUGACUAUUCCAUCAAGCAUGUCCUGCGCAAUAAGCGCUCUGGAAUCUUGGUAGCCAGUGGCCAUCGUGGCGGAGAAUCAUCAGUCUCAAUAUGCUUUCCCGACUGUGACCAAGAGGAUUGGACAUACAACCGCACUAUGGAACGAGUACUUUUCAAAGAGCCGUACAGACUUUCAUCGAUAUCGUUGAGUCAUACAGGAUACCUCCUAGCAACCAUGGAUAGCGGACCGAAUGGCGACUCAUUUCUCGCCCCUCGAAUGCUGCCUGACCCUGACGAAGGGGGGGAUUAUCGAUGGCCACUGUCAUUUUCGCAUCCCAUCCGCCUCCGCACAGCAGCCUCGCUCUGGUGCUCCGCCGCCUGCCCAGAUGGAAGCAAGCCUGUCUUCGCCAUCGGCACAUCCGACGGCCUUCACACUCUCGAGGGUUUCGGGAGUUACUGGGCUCUGUCCAAGAAGCCAUUCGCGAGCGAUGUGUUCACAGGGAAACCCAUCAUGCACCGACGAGUGGAUUCCUCCCAUGCGCUCGUCAGCAGCGUCGAGUGGCUCUCUUCCGACGUCAUCGCCGCAGGUCUUAAAGACUCUGCCAUCUUCCUUCAUGACCUUCGCAGCGGGGGAACGGCGACCCGCCUCCAGCAUGAUCACGCUGUUGUGAAAAUCAAAAAAUUCGAUGAGUAUCGUCUUGUCGUUGGGGGAAUGACUUCGCUCCACAUGUACGACAUCCGCUUCCCACCCAACGGCCUCCAACGCAACCCCAACCCCCAUAACAAACACCACACCUCGACAAAACCCUACCUCACCUUCCCCGAAUACCGACCCGACUACAUCCCAGACUUUGACAUCAGUUCGGAAUUGGGUCUCCUCGCAAGUGCUUCCGACGAGCGCAAAAUCCAGUUAUUCUCGCUUCGCACAGGCUCUCAGGUCCUUUCGCCGUUGUCCAAAUAUCAGUAUCAGCAUCCGAUCAGUUCUGUUUGUUUCGAACCAGGCGAUGGAUCGGUCCAUGGGCCUCAGACGCCUAGUAUUCUGGUUUGUUCAAAGGCGACGGUCGAUCAGUGGAUCUGGUGA